UUGCUUUCACUCUCCUCAAUCUUAACUAAAACAAACUACUGUUCCUGCGCAUCGCCCAACGAUUUGGCGGAUUUUCUGUAACUGGCGAUGCCUCUUUCUUCACUAUCCUUUCUCUUCAUCUUCACCUUCUUCCCUAUCUCACACUCCAUACCCUUCAUUGUCCUUCAUGGAAUUGGGGAUCAGUGCUCCAACCAUGGAGUGAAGAGAUUCACUGAGGAAUUGAGCACCUACUCUGGUGCUAAGGGAUAUUGCAUUGAGAUAGGCAGUGGAUCGUGGGAUUCAUGGUUUCUACCUUUGCAGGAGCAGACGGAGAUUGUUUGCAAAAAGGUGAAGAAAAUGAAAGAUUUGAAGAAAGGGUAUAACAUUGUUGGGCUCUCCCAGGGAAAUUUAAUUGGUCGAGGUGUAGUGGAAUUUUGCGAAGGAGGACCUCCUGUUAAAAACUUAAUCUCUUUAGGAGGCCCUCAUGCCGGUACUGCUUCAGUACCCCUAUGUGGUAGAGGUAUCUUCUGCGUCCUUGCAGACAAUCUCAUCAAGGGAGGGGUCUACAAUGCUUAUGUUCAAGAACACUUGGCUCCUAGUGGGUAUCUUAAAUUACCAAAUGCCAUACCUGAAUAUUUAGAGAACUGUAGGUUUCUUCCAAAGCUUAAUAAUGAAAUACCUGAUCAGAGAAAUUCCACCUACAAGGAAAGAUUCAGUAACUUAGAAAAUCUAGUCCUUAUUAUGUUUGAGCAGGACACAGUUUUAAUACCAAAAGAAACAGCCUGGUUUGGCUACUAUCCAGAUGGCUCCUUCAAGCCAGUUUUACCACCACAAGAGACUGAACUCUACACUGAAGACUGGAUUGGCUUAAGAACUUUAGAUGAAGCAGGCAAAGUCCACUUCAUAAGCGUUCAGGGAAGACAUUUGGGAAUCUCUGAGGAGGAUAUGCAGAAGCAUAUAGUACCAUAUUUGAAAGACCAAUCAUCAAGAGAAUAUAGCACUAAUAAAGCUGGCUUUUGGAGGAUGCGAGGGCAUAGUUAUAGAGAGUUGUCUGCGAUGAAGUAAUCUUAGACGGUGAAGAAAGAACUAUCACGCAUCAGCCAUAACAUUACUCGAUUGAUCAUUGUCAUAUAGGCGAGCUUUUAUUGGUGAAAUGAUUGGCAUUAUAUUUGAUUGUUGAUCAAGAUCUAAAUCAAAAUGAUUAUCUGCAUCUAACUAAAGCGUGAGAAUGUGAUACAUUUUCCAUGUGAUUGGUUCUAUCAGUAUGGAAACACACGUUGGUUGAAAGAUUUAGAGUAAAUCCCCACUAGCAGGCAUUUUCUUUCA